GGCUCACUGCCAAGUGCCAGCCCAAGCCAUCUCAUCAUUCUUGAAGCCGCCAAAAAGCUUAUAAAUACCAUCCUUCAUCUCCAUUUAAUUCUCACAUAUCCGCUCUCUCUUUAACUCCAUUUUCAUCCUCAUCUUGAUUUGCAGAACAUGGUGUCAUCCACGAAAGAUGAUAAACAACCACCACGGGCUCCGCUGGAAAUGCAGCACCAUGAAUCACCACAAAGGCCGAUAUGGCAAUUAAUCAUGGUGUCUGCCAUCGCCGCCGGUGUCCAGUUCGGAUGGGCCCUCCAACUCUCCCUCCUCACCCCUUACGUCCAACUCCUUGGUGUUCCCCACGCCUGGUCAUCUUUCAUCUGGCUCUGUGGUCCAAUCUCCGGUAUGAUUGUUCAGCCCGUCGUCGGUUAUUACAGCGACCGAUGCACCUCUCGCUUUGGUCGCCGCCGUCCCUUUAUUGCCGGAGGAGCUUUGCUUGUCGCCAUCGCCGUUUUCCUUAUCGGAUACGCUGCCGACAUUGGUGUCUCUGCCGGAGACAAACUCGGUGCACCGACGAAGCCCCGCGCCGUAGCCAUUUUUGUCGUCGGUUUCUGGAUUCUUGAUGUUGCAAAUAACACGCUUCAAGGUCCAUGCCGGGCGUUGUUGGCUGACUUAUCCGGCUCCAAUUCUAGCAAGAUCCGUACCGGAAAUGCCAUGUUUGCUUUCUUCAUGGGUGUCGGAAACGUACUCGGGUACGCCGCCGGUUCUUACACUCACCUCUACCAGAUCGUCCCCUUUACAAAAACAGCCGCAUGCGACGUCUACUGUGCAAAUUUGAAAACCUGUUUCUUCAUCUCCAUCGCACUGUUGGUGAGCAUAACGGUGUUGGCUCUAGCGACGGUGUCGGAGGAUGUUUUCGUACCGGAAGCCGUCGAUAAAUCCAACGGGAAACAAAUGGUUUUCUUUGGAGAAAUGCUCGGAGCAUUGAAAGAAAUGUCAAGACCGAUGUGGAUCUUGUUGAUGGUGACAUGCUUAAACUGGGUUGCAUGGUUUCCAUUUUUUCUUUUCGACACCGAUUGGAUGGGUAAGGAGGUGUACGGUGGUGAGGUGGGUACUGGACCGGCUGGGCAGUUGUACAACCGUGGUGUCCGUGCCGGAGCUUUGGGUUUGUUGAUUAACUCCGUCGUGUCAGGUCUCUCUUCUCUGUGCAUCGAGCACUUGGCUCGUUGGGUAGGUGGUGUGAAGCGGUUGUGGGGUGGCGUUAAUUUCCUUCUUGCUAUUUGUUUGGCGAUGACGGUUCUGGUGACGAAGAUGGCGGAGUCUGAAAGGCAGUUCACGACGUUGCCAGAUGGGACCACCACUCCUCUGCCACCUAACGCCGGGAUCAAAGGCGGAGCUCUGUCGAUUUUUGCCGUCCUCGGUGCCCCACUCGCUGUGACUUUUAGUGUCCCUUGCGCUCUAGCCUCGAUAUUUUCUAACGACUCAGGAGCUGGACAAGGUCUAUCACUUGGUGUUCUGAAUCUUGCAAUCGUGAUUCCUCAGAUGGUUGUAUCUGUGCUAAGUGGACCAUGGGACGCACUGUUUGGUGGUGGCAAUUUACCAGCGUUUGUGGUGGGAGCUGUGGCGGCUGCAAUAAGUGGGAUUUUUGCAUUCACCAUGCUGCCGUCACCACCUCCUGACGUUGUACUUUCAAAGGUCUCUGGAGGCGGGAUGCAUUAGAUUAGUAAAUCGGUAUAAAACUCAAAAGGUCUCAAUUGUGUCAAAUUGGGACAUUUAGGAGGAAAAAGUUGUAAUUUUUAUUUGGAUGUUGGAUUUGUGCAUAUAUGCUAAGCAUGAUGCAGAAAUCAUUAGUGAUUCCCGCAUAUGUGACGUUUGUGUUUAAGAGAAUGUUAUGUCAUUCCUCCAUUGUUUGUGUGAGACACCAGUUCAUGCUUGAUGGAAAUGAGUCUUUGCUUUAUUCAUGUAUACAACUAUAUGUUUUCAGUUGGUUCAAGAAUAAAAGUCGGAGUGUUUUUCCUGAUUUUCAUAUAUU